ACCAUUCCUUCUCUUUCCGCUCUCUUCCCGCCCAAUCGUUUUCUUUCUUUAUUUACACACCCUCUCCCCCAACGCCAUUGUUCACCUUCUCCGAGCUCCCGCUAAUGGCCCGUGUCGUCGAGCUCGACGAGGAGAUCGAGCGUGACGUCGAUGGCGUCGGCGAUGUCCUCUUCUCUCGCCUUGGAGAACCCGUUCCCCUCACUUUCCCUCCUUCCCCUUUCGAUCUCUCCGAUCCCCCUCGCAACCCCAUCGCCAUCUCCUUUUCAGCCCGCCUCCUCUUCGUGGCCAGCUCGCAAGGGUUUAUGGUAGCGGAGACGCCGGAGGUGAUUCGGAUGGCGAAGGAGAUUAAGGAGAAGGGGGAGGGUCCUAGUGUUCUGGAUUCGUGUUUCUUGGAUGUGAAGAUUGGGAAAGUUUCGAUCUUGGCGCUGUCUGUUGAUUCUUUAUGGUUGGCUGCGGUUGUCGGUUGUGAUGUUAAGUUCUACUCUGUUGAAAAUCUAAGAAAUAAGGAGUCAACAUUUUCUUUUCUCUGUUCGAUCAAAUCUGGUGUUGUCAAAGACUUCUUGUGGCAGAAGAACACUGGGAAUGCAUUUGCUAUUCUCUCAAGUGAUGGCUCACUUCAACUUGGGCAACUUCAAGCUCCGCUUAAGGACGUAAUGAACAACAUUGAUGCUGUUGAUUGGAGUGAAAAUGGUGCUUUUAUUGCUGUUGCAAGGAAGAAUACACUAAGUAUUUGGUCUCUUGAUAUGAAGGAACAAUGCCAAAUGAAGUUAUUGUUCCAGUCAUGGUCUGAUGCCACUGAUUCAGAAUGCUCCAUAAAAGUGGAUUCUAUUACUUGGUUGCGCAACAAUAGUAUAGUCAUUGGUUGUGUUCGGGUGUAUGAAGAUGGUAAGGAAGAAGGUUACCUAGUUCAAGUUGUUGCUGUUGGGGAGCUUGAAUUUUCUGAGAGAUCUAGCAAGCCUGUUGUUUUUUCAUUUCCUGACUUGUUUGAAGAUACUUCUGAUGACAUUUUGCCUUCUGGUUGUGGUCCAUAUCUUUUUGCGAGCUAUUUGAAACACUUGGGCCUGAUGCUAGCGUCAUUCAAAAAGGCUAUUGGUGCGCAUCUUUUGCUGCUACGCUGGUCCCUAGAUGGUGACAGAAGAGAAGCGGUAUCUUUGGAGUAUGAAAAUGAAAUUUAUACUCCUAGGAUUGAUCUUCAAGAAAAUGGCAAUGACAAUUUGAUAUUAGGGUUUGUUGUUGACCAAACUCCUUCAAAUGAGAAAGUUAGAGUAAAAAUUGAAGCUGAAUUUAAAGAAGUUUUCCCAAACUGUACUCUUUGGUGUCUCACUUCUGAAGGGAAGCUUAUACUGUUUCAUAUCUUGAGGACUUCAGAUGAUUCUUAUACACCUGACACCAGCUCAUCUGAAGAUUAUAAAAGUGUCACAGAGAGGACUUCUGCAGCCAUUUCCUUAAAGCAUCAAUGGCCUGCAGUCACAUUGGGUCCGUUGGGAUUGAAUGAUAGUGCUAAAGUUAAAGAGUCAGAACCUCUUCAAAGAUUGGAAAAAGUUAGCCAUGCUAAUGACAUAGUUCUUACUGGAAAGGAAGUUGAAGGCAGCUCCAAUUCAAAUGCUCGACUGUCUCCUGUUCAAACACUAAACGCGGAAAAGUUGCCUGUGGUGUCUUCUCGCAUGCAGGAUCCUGGGUUAACGCUUUCAAUUAGUGCUAAGACCUCUAUCCAAGAGCUUAGUUCAUGUCCUCCUGGGCAGACUGUGAGCACCACUUUGCCAGUAGGAAACCUGUCAAAUGAAGCAUUUACUACCAUGCAAGUAGGCACUAGAGUUUUGGGUCAAAAUGUUGAAAAGGAAUUAGCUGGUUCAACUGGUAGCCAAGGAGCCUCAUUUGGGUCUCAAUCCACUGGAAAAUUGGGUUUUACAAAUAACUUUAGUGCAAAAUCUUCAUCUGCUCUUGAUAGAUCUGUUCUGGGGGGCAAUACUCAUAGUGCUAAAAUUGGGUCAGAAAAUAAAUUACCGUCUUCUCAGCAUGGCCCUAUUUCUGAUGAUAGUCUGCCUGGUAGAAAGCCUUUUAGUUGGAAAGUAUCCAGUUCAUCGCCACCGCCACCAGUGUUUUCUGAGAAUAAAGCCAUCCAGAGUGAAGGAUCUAAAAGCUUUUUGGUCAAGAAAGGAAGCCCUGAACCUUUGCCUGUUAUGCAUAAACCAUUGCCAAUUAUGCCGCAAAGUUCAAUGCCGGGGAAGUCUCUCAAUUUUAAGACACAGCCUUCUCUCAGUAACUCUAGAAAUCCCAGGUGUCCUUGGAUGGCGGAACCUGAACCUGAGUUGUCUAAGCAAUUUUAUAAUGGGAAAGAUAUGGCUAAUGAACUUGAUAAGCUCUUGUCAUUCAUAGAACGAGAAGGUGGAUUUAGGGAUGCUUGCACUAUUUCUCAGGAGAGCUUACUUUCAACACUGGGGGAUGGUUUGAAAAAUCUUUCCAUAAAGUCCCAGGUGCACAAGAACAAAAUAGAGAAGCAGCUUCUGGAGAUUCAACAACUACAAAAUAAGAUGCUUCAGGGUAUGACUGAUACUGCAUUAAAGUUUUCCUGGCAUGCAUAG